AUGAUCCGCUGGCCAACCGGAGGAGUCUUGGCAAUAACAGAAUUGGAAAUCAGCAAACGCACCAGUUUCGCGUCGGGCGAGAGCUUCGGCGAUGUGGGAGCGUAUGAGCUUCUGGAGGGCACGGCCCACUACGCGGUGGACCCGUUGCACGCCCGAAACCAGGGGAUUACGGACUUGGACCUGGCGCCCCGCAACAACGCUGGCAAUGUGGAGUUUUCGGCGGACUUUGCCAUGCUUCAGCCCGUGAACAUCGACCGGGGCAACCGGCGCAUCCUGUUCGACGUGGUGAACCGGGGCCGGAAGACCGCCCUGGGCAUGAACAGCGUACCCUCAGCCACCGACCCCAUGGCGCCCCUGGAGGCGGGCAACGGCUACCUGAUGCGCCGGGGCUACACGGUGGUCUGGGGCGGCUGGCAGGCCGACGUGCCGUCCACGCCCGGCCUCAUCGGACUUCAUGUACCUGAGGCCGUCGGCCCCGAGGGAGCCCUGACCGGCAAGAUAAUGUGCCAGUUCCAAUGCAACGAACCCACCCAAGUGUUCCUGCUGGCAGACCGGGAGCACCUGGCUAAUCCCGCCGCCGACCCCGAGGAAACGGAGGCCAACCUGACAGUGCGGGACCUGCCCAACAGUCCGGCCACGCCCGUUGACCGGAGCCAGUGGUCUUUCAUCCGCGUCGAGGAUGUGGAUGUGGAGCCGAACUAUAACCACGUCUACAUGCCCUCCGGGUUCGAACCGGGAAGGAUAUACCAGUUGGUCUACACCACAACCGGCAGCCGGAUUGUCGGCCUGGGGUUCGCGGCCAUGCGGGAUGUGGUCUCCUUCCUGAAAUACGCCCCGGCCCGGUUCGACGGGAGACGGGGCAACCCCUGCGCCGGGGCCAUCGACUACGCCUAUGCCAUGGGCCGUUCCCAGAGCGGCCGCUUCCUGCGCCAGUACAUCCACACGGGAAUCAACGAGGACGAAGAGGACCGGGUAGCCCUGGACGGGAUCAUCCCUCACGUGGCCGGCGGGAUGCGCGGCGAGUUCAACCUGCGCUUCGGGCAGCCUUCCAAGGACGUCUGCUACAUCAUCCCCGAGAUGUUCCCCUUCACAGACACCCCACAGACUGACCCGGUGACCGGCGCCCAGGGUUCCCUGCUGGACAUGAUGGAGCAGCGGGGUAGUGUGCCCAAGAUCAUGUUCACCAACACCUCCGCCGAGUACUGGCGGGGCGAUGCGGCGCUGAUCCACACCGACCUGGAGAACCUGACCGACGCCGCCGAGUCGCCGUCAGUCCGCCGCUACCACUUCGCCGGUUGCCAGCACGGGUCGGGUGAGUUUCCUCCCCUGGAAGUCCGCACGAAUGACGGCAUCAGGGGACAGCUUCCCUUCAACAGCGUGGACUAUGCUCCCCUGCUGCGGGCCGCGCUGGACAACCUGGACCGCUGGGUUGCCACAGGUGAGGAGCCUCCCGCCAGCCGCCAUCCCAGCCUGAACGACGGCACGGCAGUGGAGUCUUACACCCUGCUGGAGCGGUUCGCCCAACUCCCCGGCGUACGGGUCCCGACCCAGGCCACCAGGGCGAUAAGACUGGACUACGGCCCGGAGGCGCAUCUGGGGCGCACCACCAGGCUGCCCGCCGCUGAGGGGGCGGAGUUUCCGGCGCUGGUGGCCGACCUUGACGAGUCCUUCAACGAGCGGGGCGGCAUCCGGAUGCCGGACCUGGCAGUGCCGGUCGCCACCUACACUGGCUGGAACCUGCGCGACGAGAGCAUAGGCAACGCCAAUCUCUUCAUCGGCAUCACCGGCGGCCUGGCCGGCUGGACCCUCCCGCUGCCCCCUACCGCGGCCGAGCGCGAGGCCACCGGCGACCCACGGGUGUCCAUCGAGGAACGUUACGCCAGCCGGGAAGACUACCUGGAGCAGGUAGCCCGCGCCGCGAUGGACCUGGUGGCCGAAAGCUACAUGCUGGAGGACGAUGUGGACGAGGUGGUGGACCUGGCAGGUAGGAAGUACGACUACUUUGUGGGAGACGGCGGGGAGAGCUGA